AUGGGCUGCUCAAUAUCCCCUAUCCUGUUUGUGGCAGCGUUUGAAGUCAUCCUCAUCGGAGCAGGGAAGUUGGUGCAGAAGCAACUGAGAGAGGGUCUUGAAAAAAUCGACAGCAGCCAGCUUCCGGGGAAACUAAAGGUAUGGUGUUACCAAUUUACACUUUUCCAGCGUGUGAUGUGGCCUCUGAAGGUGUCCGAAAUACCGUCAUCCCUGGUUAGCAGAAUUGACACCAUCUCCAACACCUACAUCAGGAAGUGGUUGGGCCUCCCGCGCUGCUUCUCUGACACAGGCCUCUUCGGCAAGAAUGCUCUUCAGCUUCCUUUGAAGUCCAUCAACCUCGGGUACAAGCAGGAGAAGACCCGUCUUGUAUUCGAACUAAAGGAAUCCAGGGACGAAGCAGUGAAGAGCGCAGGGGUGACCGUCUGCACUGGGCCCAGCAGGAAACCAGGAGAAGGCAGGCAGAAGACGGGAAGGACAACAUGUCUCCUCACUCCUGGAAAGGGAUGGAAGACGCGUGUUGACCUGGGCACCCAGCUUAUCUUCCCAACAGAGAUCACUCAGACAACAUUAAGGCCAGAUGUUGUGGUGUGGGCCACAGCGGCCAAGAAGGUCCUCAUUAUCGAGCUGACUGUGCCAUGGGAAGAGGGAAUACCAGCGGCGUACGAGUUCAAGCGGCUCAAGUACUCUGAUCUGGUGGCGGAGUGCAGAGACGGGGGAUGGACCGCAACCAUCCUUCCCGUGGAAGUUGGAUGCAGGGGCUUUGUGGGAAAGUCCGCAAUCCAGCUCCUUCGAGCUGCUGGGACAACUGAGGUAAGCCUGAGGAGAGCCAUCAAGGAGCUGGCGGAGGAGGCAGAGAAGUACCUAGUAUACAACCGGUGCUAUGAUACUUACCAGUUGUCUCUGAAAUUUGAGAGGUGCCUGGAGUCUGAUGUGGUGACGUUUGACAUCCUAUCUGAGGACUCUAAGCUAGUGUUUCUGCAUAUAGACCGCUAUGUGGAAUUCCACUCUCAGCACGGCCAUUACUACAAGACCCGCAUCCCGAAGUUUGGCCGAGAUUUUUCCUACCACUACCCUUCCUCUGAUCUCUACUUUGUGGGAGCCAGCUCAGAGGUCUUCAGACUGAAUCUUGAACAAGGCAGGUUCCUGCACUCCUUACUGACAGAUGCAGCAGAAAUCAAUGUGUGUGACAUCAACCCUGUUCAUCAGUUUUUUGCUGCGGGAACAUUAGAGGGCAGAGUGGACUGCUGGGACCCUCGUGUCCGGAGUCGAGUGGGUGUUUUGGACUGCGCUCUCAGCAGCAUCACUAACGGGACUGAGGUGGAAGGUCUGCCGUCUGUCAGCGCGCUGAAGUUUAAUGGCUCUCUGGGCAUGGCAGUGGGCACCAGUACGGGACAGGUUCUCGUCUAUGAUCUUCGUUCUUCACGAACUCUGCUGGUUAAAGAUCAUUACUAUGGGCUGCCCAUCAAAUCCCUUCACUUCCACAACCCGCUGGACCUGGUGCUCUCCGCCGACUCCAAAAUCAUCAAGAUGUGGAAUAAAGACAAUGGAAAAGUAUUUUCCUCCAUCGAACCGCAGGCCAACAUCAAUGAUGUGUGUCUCUACCCCGGCUCCGGUAUGCUCUUCACUGCCAAUGAAGACCCCAAAAUGAACACCUUUUACAUCCCUGCUCUUGGUCCGGCUCCACGCUGGUGCUCCUUCCUGGAAAACCUGACGGAGGAGCUCGGGGAGAACCCAGAGAGCACCAUCUAUGAUGACUACAAGUUUGUCACCCGCAAAGCGAACCUGGGUAAGUGUCUUUCUGCCUGA